UAGAAGACAGUCGGGGGAUCCAGAGGGUUCGGGGGUGAAAGGAGUCAGACUCAGGAUCACAGGUCCAAGGGUGCUGGAGUGAAGGGGCGCUCCGGAAGAGAAAUUUGAAGGGAAUCUAGAAUAGGGGGAUCCGAGGAGACUGAAAAUGGGUAUGUCUGAGGAGGCUUAGAUUGGGGGCACAAGGGUGCUCAGAAUGGAGCGUCUGAAAGGCUUGAGGAAGGAGGAGGAUCUAUACCUUGAACACAGAGAGCCAGGAUUGCAGUUUUUAGGCAUGCAUGCUGUGCUGUGCUGUGCUUAGUCAGGGCAUGGCAGUUUUUAGAAUAAGGUCUCAAACCAAGGUAUUUAAAGGGACUCUGGUGUGUAGCUUUUGUUAUAUGUGGUGGAGCUCUUGGGAAAGGUGUAGGAUGGAGUCAGAGGCUGUUCUCCGUGGGAGCUUGAGAAAGCAAAUGUGUAGUUUGAUGGACCUUUGAUGGAUGGAGUUUGGGGGAGUAUUCUGGGUGCUCACUGUGUCCGGGCAAGUGUGGGGGAUGUGCACUGAGUGGCUUUUGAGAUACUGAAGACUUAGGUUUUAGAAACCAAGAGAAGUUUCCUUAGAGGUCUGAGCUGAGGCUGUGGCCCAUGGUCUGACCGGGUACCUGGAGUUGCUGUCGAUGGAGGAUCAGGAUGCCAGGGUCCCAGCCCUGGAACCAUUCAGGGUGGAGCAGGCACCACCUGUAAUCUACUACAUCCCUGACUUCAUCUCCAAGGAAGAGGAGGAGUAUUUACUUCGACAGGUCUUCAAUGCCCCAAAGCCAAAGUGGACCCAGCUCUCUGGGAGGAAGUUACAGAACUGGGGUGGGCUUCCCCAUCCCCGGGGGAUGGUUCCUGAGCGACUGCCACCAUGGCUCCAGCGUUACGUGGACAAAGUGUCUGACCUCAGCCUUUUUGGGGGUCUCCCAGCCAACCACGUCCUUGUAAACCAGUAUCUGCCUGGGGAGGGCAUCAUGCCCCACGAGGACGGGCCACUGUACUACCCGACUGUCAGCACUAUCAGUUUGGGCUCUCACACCGUGCUGGACCUCUACGAGCCUCGGCAGCCAGAAGACGAUGACCCGACAGAGCAGCCCCGGCCCCCACCGCGGCCGGCCACCUCGCUGCUGCUUGAACCGCGCAGCCUGCUGGUGCUCCGUGGCACCGCCUACACGCGCCUCCUCCACGGCAUCGCGGCAGCCCGCGUAGACGCGCUCGACACUGGCUCCCUGCCGCCCAACGCCGCCGCCUGCCCCUCGGCGCAGCCGGGAGCCCGCCUGGUGCGCGGCACCCGCGUCUCGUUGACCAUCCGCCGCGUCCCCCGCGUGCUGCGCGCUGGCCUCCUCCUCAGCAAGUGACCCCAGGACCCAGGGCCCGCUCGGAUUCCUGAGCUCGCUCCCGCUCUGGACUGCUACCGCCCUGUGACCUUGGAUCUCUGCGGCAGAGGCGGCUCCUCUCGGGUUUUUUUCCAGUACCUGCGUGGAAACCGCAGGAAAAGGCCCCAUUCCAAAUAAACCAACAACAAAGUCUUA